AUGCUUUGUCCAAAGCUAAUAUACAACGUUCCAGUGCAGAGAGUGCAUUUGUACUGCAGACUUGGAACUAUAGCAAAAUGGAGAUAUCCAGAAGCAGUUAAUGUAGUUUUACACAAAAUAUUUCUUCUUGCCUUAAGUUCAAAAUCUCUGAAGACGCAUGAAAUCCAACAACUACCUAGCUGUCAAAGGUGUGCAACUGGGCAAUCUGUUGCUCCCCAAUCUGCCAGACAUCAAUUUCAGGACAAAGGUCAUGACAAUCUGGAUCAAGUUGGGUAUACCUGGCAUCAGAGAAGAAGGUUAAAAGAAUUCCAAAUGAGAUAUCUAGCAAGGAAAUUCUUCUAUCUAUGGGCAAAAAAGACAUUUGGACAAGUUCUCCCUUCCAAAGUCAGAUGCUUUUGUGACCAGAAGAUUCUUCAAAAAUCUUUUGGAGUCUGGAAGGAGUGGUGGACUGUUUGCAGAGAAAGGAAGCUCAGCCUCAGAGCGGACAGCCAUUACAGCCAUUUACUCCAUAAUUUGAUAUUCAAGGCUUGGAGAGCCUAUGUAUGCCAGCAACAAGGGAAGAGGAACAAAUAUUAUGUUGCAGAAUCUCAUGCAAAGAAGCAAAAAUUGCUCAGGACCUGGCAGCGUUGGCUGGUUUAUGUUGAUGUUCAAAGGACAAAACAUGGGAUGCGAACUGUGGCACUGGUAUUCAGGGAAAAAAGCUGUUUGCGCGUAUCAUGGGCAGUGUGGAGAAGACGACACUACCAGAACUGCACUGGGCAUAAAAUGAGUAUUUUGGCUCUGCAGCAUUGGGCCCAGAGCCUGCAAUUUCGAGCUUGGUUGCAGUGGCGAGAGCUGUAUUUAUAUAGCCAGAAUGACAAGCAGAAGGAGACUAGGGCAGUAACUCACCAUCGGCACUGGGAAUUGAAGAGAUGCAUGGAAGCAUGGCUAGGAUACUUAAACCUCCACAGAGCAAAGAAACUUCAGAAUGAGCUGGCCCAAGAGCAUCAUCGAAGCAGGAUAGUCUGUCAGUAUUUCUCUGAUUGGCGGCUGUCAUGGGAGUGCAGAAGAAGAAUGCAUGCUCACCAAAAGGACAUGGAAAAACUAGCAGCAAGGAUUGCCUUAUGGAGAGUCUUUGCACACUGGAAGCAUUAUGUUGUACUAUGUGUGGAAGAGACUCGACAGUGUGGGCUGGCUGAAAAACACUACAAGCAUCAUCUGUUGAAACUUGGGUUUAAGGGUCUUCGGCAGAAUGUCAUGAAUGCCCAUCUUCAGCGAAUGAGAAAAAAUCUGUCAUACCGUCAUCAUCAAGUUACAGUGCUGCAGAAGUUCUGGAGCCAUUGGAAGUGCCGUUUGGAAGAGAAGGAGGAAGAACAGCAGCAGGCCUUAACAUCAGUGGCUCAUGCCCGUUAUAGGAGGGUGUUGAUGAGACAGGUAUUUGACACGUGGUUGCUGAAUGCCUGCAAGCAGCGAGAAUACCGAAUGGGAGAGAAGAGGGCUGUACUUCAUUUUGAAAGGCAACUAUUGCAUUGUUUCUGGUGCUUCUGGCGUAGAAGAACAGCUGCACAUUUGGAGGAGCAAGAGGGCUUGGUUCGUGCAAGAGAUCACUACAGUAGCCUGCUGCUGCUAAAGGCUUUCUGUCUGUGGAAGCAAAAUACUCAGGAGAGAAGAACAGAGAGGCUCAAGGAGAUGCAAGCCUUAAGAUUUCACUAUUCAAAGUGUCUGCAGCAGACUUGGAACAAGUGGAGGGAGUAUGUGGGACAUCAGCGUGAGAAAUGGAGGAAGCUGGUGCAAGCAGACAUGCAUUAUCAGCACACAUUACUGGGCAAGACCUUGGCAGCCUGGAAGAGUUACCAAUGUAACAUACAGAGCAUUCAAUACCAAGUAGCUGAAAAGGAGAAACAGCACAGUAAACUACUGCUGCGACAGCUUUUGUGUACAUGGAGAGAAAAUGCCCUUGCUCUUGUAUGUGAAGCUAAGGCAACUACUCGGGCAGAUGAGCACUACAGGAGAGCAAUCCUGUCGAAGGUGUUGCUACAGUGGAGAUACGCUGCCUUGCUACAAGUGUGUUGCCGUCAGCGGAAGGUAACAGCUGUGAUGGAGGCCCGAAAACAUUUGGAUAUAGUGUGUUUACAGACCCUGUUUCUUCACUGGAAGGAAUUAACUAGGCAGUCUCUGAUGCUGAGGGCUCAGCAGCACAGGGCCGUGCAGCACCACCAGCAGCACCUACUCCAGAAGUACCUGGUGAAAUGGAAGAUGUAUCAUCAGCAGUGCCUUGGGAAAAUGCUAUUACAGAGACAGGGAGAUCAGCUAAUGACUCGUAGACUUUGUUCUGCUUCCUUCUCUUGCUGGAAGAAACAGCUGUUGCAGCAGCGAUGGGAAAAGCGGAAGACGGUGCAAGCAUUGUGGCACUGGUCCCUUUCAUUGCAAAGAAAGGUAUUCGAUGCUUGGCUCAGAUUUGCCAAUGGGCAACAGCGGAAGAAAGAUUGCAUUGAAAAAGCCACAGGAGUUUACCGCACUACUGUUCUGAGAGAAGAUGUAACCCAGGUCUUGAGAUGCACCGCUGGCAUGAAACAGUUGGGGGCACAGCUCCAAGCCCACCGCCAGCUGAAGAAGCAAGUGACAUUUAAAAUGCCUGAUGUUAGCCCUGAGACAAGAGGACAUUCAGCAGAGGAAGAGCCAUGGCCUUCAAAAUGCAGUUAUCUACCAUUUCACCUUGCUGAUGGGGACUCAGUUCUCAGCGAUCUAAAUGCUAUUCGACAAGUAAGGUUACCACCACAGAGACCUGACUUCCUUCUGGAAUCUCUAGAAAAGAAGGAACAGCUGGAACCUCCUUUUACUAGAUCAGAGGCACCCUUUCAGCAAACAUCUGUGAACAAAUGUUCUGCACAGACUGGGAACUUAAUGCGAACACCUCAAAUGGAACAAAGUACCUGUAAAUGUUUAUCUCAAAUGGGCAAUACCACUCAUUCCUAUCCAUCUCUCACACAUGCUGCUCUCCCGUCUGUACCACUGUGGACACAUGAUACGCACCGUGCGGUUCAGAGGCCAGAGCUAUGGUCUCUGUCAUCUUUCAUGCCCCAAAUGAAAGCUGGAGCAGAAAUGAGAGGAGGUCAGCCUGUGAGUGGUCACAAAGGAGCCCAUUCGCAAGACUCUCAGCAGGACUCUGUGGAGAAGAAGUUGCGACCAAACUUGCAGCCACAUUUGGUGUCACCUGAAGACUUGGUGGGAAAAUGGAGUCACCAAACUGCAGCUGAAAGGGAAGAAAGGGAGCACAGUUCCAGAGAAGAAAUGGUGUUCCAGAGAAAGCUGGAAGUUGAACUCCGACACAUCCAACAGCAGAUGCAGUACUACUUCAGCAGGAAACAAGAACUCAAGUCCUGUCAGCAGCAGGCACAGAUUCUACAGAAGUGGCUAGAAAUGAGGAUGCAACCAGAGGACCAAGAUGGUAUACAAGUUCAGGAAGAACUGGAUCAGUUGCAGGUGAGGAUCAACACUCUCACCAAAGCACAACUAAAAGAGAGACAUCAUGUGCAGAACCUGGUUGCUCGCCUGCGUGAUAUCCAGAUUGCUCUGGAUAUCUAAUGCAUCUGAAACAAUUUUCCAGCUCACGGGUAGGACUUUUUGCCCCUUUCAUAGCAGGGGAGGAUGGAAGAGAUGUAUAUGUUCUCUUAGUCUA